GCGGGGCGGGCGGCGCUGAGGGGGCGCCCAUGGCGGAGCCGGGCGGGGGCGGCAGCGCCGCCGCCGCGGCCGCUCCCGGUGCCGCGGCUCCGGACAUCGACCCCGACUUCGAGCCGCAGAGCCGGCCGCGCUCCUGCACCUGGCCGCUGCCCCGGCCCGAGCUGCCGGCCCCGGAGCCGGGCGGAGCGGCGGAGGAGGGCGCGGGCGGAGCGGCGGCGGCGGCGGCGGGGCCCGGGCGGGCCGAGGGGGCGCGGGGGGCAGGCGGGGCGGCGGCGGCGGCGGCGGCGGCGCGGAAGGGCGGCUCCCGGCGCAACGCCUGGGGCAACCAGUCGUACGCCGAGCUGAUCAGCCAGGCCAUCGAGAGCGCCCCCGAGAAGCGGCUGACGCUGGCGCAGAUCUACGAGUGGAUGGUGCGCUCCGUGCCCUACUUCAAGGACAAGGGCGACAGCAACAGCUCCGCCGGCUGGAAGAACUCUAUUAGGCAUAACCUGUCUCUGCACAGCAAGUUCAUUAAAGUUCAUAAUGAAGCCACUGGGAAGAGUUCUUGGUGGAUGCUCAAUCCUGAAGGCGGUAAAAGUGGAAAAGCACCGAGAAGAAGAGCUGCCUCCAUGGACAACAGCAGCAAGCUCGCAAAAGUCAGAGGUAAAGCAUCCAAAAAGAAGCCCUCUCUCCAGUCUGCUCCUGAAGCCACUGCUGACAGUCCUGGCUCCCAGUUCCCAAAGUGGCCGGGGAGCCCGUCCUCAAGAAGCAACGAGGACUCUGAUGUGUGGAACACCUUCCGGCCUCGAACCAGUUCCAAUGCAAGCACCAUUAGUGCCAGGCUUUCUCCGAUCGUGACUGAUCAGGAUGACCUCCACGAUGAAGAGCUGCUCCCGUCUAUGGUGUACUCCAGUGCAUCCAGCAACGUUCCACCAACCGUGACCGAGGAGCUCGAGCUCAUUGACGGGUUAAAUUUGAUGUCUCCCAGCUCAUCUGUGCUAUCUACCCAGCAAUCUGCCUCCGGUGGUCAGAUCCAAAGAGAUUCCAGCUUUUCCUUGCGGAGCCCAAACGCAGCUGGUCAGACCACCACUUUUGGCAAUUCCCUCUUUAACCCUGUUGAUAUUUCACUGCAGAGUUCUGUCAGCCAUUUCUCCGGCCCUCAGACCUUGGAAGCUCUUCUGACGCCCAGCUCUCCGCCUCCAAGGGAUGUUAUGAUGACUCAGGUGGAUCCAGUUCUCCCACAGACUGGUAGCAGGAUGAGCGGCCGAACUCUUCUGCUCCUGGGUGGACAAGCCACCCAGAGUAAGAUGAGCUCAGGCACUCCGCGAGGAAAGCCUGCAGAGCAGCAGGCAGAACCAGUUGGUGCCAGUGUUUUGCCAUCAACGCUUCCCAUAGUAGCAUCUCCUCAAAACACUGGCAGCAUCAACAGUUUGAAGGCUCCGGUUUCUGCAACGGCUGCCCAGUCCGUCCAGCUGGGCAGUCCACCACUGCUUUCUUCAGCUAGCCCUGCUCCUCUGGGGCUGAACCAGGACAGGCUGCCCAUUGACCUGGACAUUGACAUGUACAUGGAGAACCUUGAAUGUGAUAUGGAUUACAUAAUCAACAGCGAACUCAUGGAUGGAGAAGGACUGGACUUUAAUUUUGAACCUGUUCUGUCUACUCCCAGCUAUCCCAGCACCUCGCAGGCCUCCAACCAUACCUGGGUACCGAGUUAACUUCAGGAGCACAAAAAGUGUCCUUCAGGUUUUGAACAUCGGGUUCUGACUUCGCUUCCCACCCCUGGCAGAGAAAAGAAUGGAGCAUGUUGGAUUCAGUUUCCCUGCGCACCACACCUUGGGCAGAAGGGGCUGCCCACCUGGGAAGAAAGGGCAACCUGCAUCUGGCUGCAACAGGAAGAGUUCUAAAAUAAUCCUGUUACGUGCCACGUCUCUUCCUACAAACCUGACCCUGCCUUGGAUCUUCUGGGGAAACCCUGGGCUGUGCAAGUCCAAAGAGGAGCCCUGGUAGAAGCCUUGGCCAGAAGCCUCUGUGCUGGGCAAUGUUUUCCCAUGUGAAGAGUUGGGUUUGCUGGAGGAGCAUCCCAAUGGCUACCCCCUCUCUCUGCUACGGCAGAAAGUCUCCCAGUGCCUCGGACUGGCGGAGGGCCGGCUCUGCUCGCGCUCGGCUUGCCCUCCGGGACGGAGUAGUUGGACGUUUCCAUUAAGCCACCAGAUGUGCACUUGGUAUCCCGCAGACUCGCAGAGGAAUUGGAAGAAGCGAACUGGCGGAAACCUUGUUGGGAGGAGGGCGUGCUGUUCCAGGGGUCGGUCUCGGUGUUUUCAGCGUGCCCCUCUCGCUGGAGCGCCCCUCGUUGUUCUGCGGGGAAGGGUGGUGGUCACGGUGCAGAAGGCUUCCUCUCGUUCAUCCGAGUGGAACGGGGGGACGUUGAGUUUUUCCCUGUGCCAACUAAGCCCCGUUGAAUGAGAAGCAUGUUUAGAGAAGUCCCUAUGCUGUGCUCAGCACAUUCCCAAUACACCAGGCUGCUGUACAGUAGGCACAGGUGCUAAUAGCUGUUUCUGGGACACAAAACCAUCGGUUGGGGUUUGUUUCUGAUCCCUCUUGCUACAGCAGAGAAAAGGAAAGCCUGGGUGUGGCCUUAACAGAGCCCUGGUUGCUUUUCAGAAGGGCAUUUUCUAUAGAUGAAAUAUUUUUUUACUAAUCUGGGAACUUUCUACAGAGAACAUGAAGCCAAUGUUAAGUGUGUCCCCUUUAGGCGUAUUGGGCAUCUCUCCCUCCGAGGAGGUACCAGUGACAGACUUCUUUUUCAGAGCUGCGUUAGGAACAAACACAUUUGCUGUUUGGUAAUGUAUAUGAUUGAUUGGGGGAAAGAAUUGGCAAAUCCCCGCAGUUUCAACCACCUUGGGGAAGGGUUGUACAUUAUUGUAAUCUAUAUGUAAAAGUAGCUGCAAAUUACAUAGAAGCUUUUCUAAACCUUUUUAAAUAUAUAUUAUAUAUUUUAAUUGAAAAUGAGAUUAUUGGAUAAAAACCACACUUGCUGCAUCUGUCCCCUUGAUACCAGAUAACACUACAGCGUGGGAGGGACAAGGCCGAAGGCGUUUUGGGCCAAGAAGCUGAAAAUGUCGUUAGAAAAAGUGGGAAGGGCACCGCGGUGUAACCGGGGAAUGGCUGCCCCUCUGCAACGGGUGGAAAGUGCCCGCGUGGCCUCGCUGUCAGCCACAGCUCCUUGGGCCCUUUCCUUGGUCGGGCACUCCCACCAAGCCAAGAGCACGGCGUUAGGGAACGCUAACCAUUAACAGCGCGCUUGUUCUCGGCUAAUCCCUUAAGUGGCUGGGCUGUAGCUGAUGCACCGAGAGAUUCCCUACUCUGCUGAGGAGAUGGUGUGGACUGGAUCACGCUAGAUCUGCUGACGCCCUGGGUAGCCCUUAGGGAGGGCGCUUUGUUGUAUUUGGUAGCUGUCUUUUUGGUUUCCGUGGAUUUUCGUUGCUGAAGUUGCUGCUGCUGGGGAACUUGGGGCCCGCAGGCAUACCCGUGGGGAUGUGUGUCACAUUCUGCCCCGUCUUUGUUCUUGCGAGACAGAAGCUAGGAGUCAGGAGAUUAGCUGAGAGCAUUAGCUGGCGUGUUCCUGUCACCUUAUUGGUGUUCGCCGUGGUAGGAGCUGUGGGAGAUGCGAUGCUUUUACCAGGUCCCAGUAAUCUUGGUCUGGCAGAAAGCCUCUCAAAUCCUUCCCGAAGGCGGUGGUGGCUUCUGCUGAGGCUUCUGUCAUGCAGCGCAAUUAGCCACGUUCUUCUACCACCUUGUCUGCUCUGUUCUCAUGGGUUUCAUUUCAUUUUCAUCUGAGUGGAGAUUGGAACAGGAGCGGUUUGUCUGGCUACCUGCAACGAGGAGUCUUCAACAGCCUUAUCGUUAGCGUGCUCUGCCAUUAGAGCCCUUGAGUAAUUUGAUAACCUCGGCUUUGAAGGCGGCCUUGGUGGCAGACCUCGUGGUGAUACGUUCAACACUUACCCACAGUCUGCACGUCUGGCCACACCUCACCGUAACAAAAACAAAACCAGAAAAUUAGAAAGUGCAAGACCUGGCAUCCCAGCCAAAGCUCUGCCGGCUUGAGCCGUGGAUGUGUGUUCUCACUGCAAUUAGUUCGUUGCACAAAUUGACAGACGGCCCUUCCACAGACACCUCGUGCCGCACAUGGCGCGCGUUGCACACGAGGAUCAGCCGGUAUGCUGAUUCAGUUCAGAGAUGUGGCGGGACUUGUGUUUUUUGGCACGUCUUGUGCCACUUUGUUCGCUUGGACCCUGAGGGGGGGGUGAAUCCCAGGAGCUCCAGAGCAAGUCGAGAGGCUGCCCAGGCUUCGCAGGCACCGACGGUGCGGUGGAUGGCAAGUGCAAGCAGGUUGGUCCCAUCACUUCACAGCUCCGUACCAAAGGACAGGAUCCCAGCGUGCGUGGCGCUGCUAAAUGCGAACCUGAUGCCUUCAGCGUGGAAACAGAGCCCGAAGUAACAGGAAGGGCAAUAUCAUGUACCCGUGCUUCAGACCUGCGUGUCCUUGGAGCUGUUCCUGCCUGGGCUGGCCUGUGGGAAGAGGUGGUCAGAGCCCUACGAUGGGGGCUGAUGAGAAACACUGUGCUUUUAGUAGGAGUAGGAGCCUCGUGCGCGGGAGCCUCUGCCCCCUCAGCACAACGGGAGCUGGCAGUGGCUGAAGGUGCUGGAGAGCGCGCUCGUGUCGAGGGCGGUGCUGGGAAGACUACUGGUGCUCCGGGAGAGCUCAGCGAAUGGGAUGUUGUGGGACAACAAACGGGAUGUUGUGGGCUCAGGCAGCCUCGCUCCUCGUUUGGGUGGGUGGCAGGAGGGUUUGGAUCGCAGGCGCAGAGGGCAGGGAUGCAGAGAAUUUGGGAGUUCUCCAACCCCUUCUUGAGUAACUUCCUCUUUGUAGGCCUUGACCUUUUCUAGCCUGGGACGUUUCCUCAAGUGACACAAGAGACUUUGAAGUUCUCAAACUGCUGCUUGCUGAGAGGAUGUACCUGGGAGGGGGCUUCCCCACUACUUGCCCUGGUUUUUCUGUUCUUUCCCGAAGUGUUUGCUACUGGGUUCAGCAUAGUGUCUCGGUGGGUCUUUGUUCUGAGUCAGCAGCAGCAGGCCCUGUGCUUACGGGUACUUUUUUCUCUAAUGAGGGGUUGGGCUGGGGUUUAGAGAGCAGCUCUGAGCUUGGUGGGGAGGGAAGGGGGCCGGCGACGGGGGGAGUGAUGCUCCUGGACAAGUGCCUGAGAGGAGUGGGCAGGGGACUGUAGGCACGAGGCCUUGCGCUGCGCGCGUUUUCCUUGUCCUCGCUGAGCUUGGUAACAAGUUCCUUCACCUCCGGGGGAUCAAACGUGGUCUUCCGCAGUGCGAAGCCACCGCGCAGCUCUGGGGCCUGAAGGAUUCUGCUCACAGCUGCCCGUGGAGCCUGGUAGGAGGCAGGCUUGUUGCUUUUAUUUACUCCUGGGUUUAGCUAAUUGCUUGAGCCUUCUUUACAACUUGAGCGUAUUUCACUGCUACCAGCUUCCUGUAAAAGCUUGGAAUAUUGGAAGUUUCUUGGAGCCCUUGAUUUUCGUAGCUGGUGCGUCUGAAAACACGGCGUCCCCUACCCUGUGCUGCUUUAAAAACAGCAGCUGGAUCGUUCUGGUGAGAGGAACAAAAGCAGUGGGAGCGUUCCAGAGCCUGUGUGUACUCAUAAGCGAGGCUCACACUAGAAGCAAGUAGCACUAAUCAAGUUUUCCAAAGGAAAUGCCUAGAAAGCUUUUAUAUAGUUCAUGAUUUGUUCAUUUUCUUACUUAGUUGCUUAUUUAUAGCCACACUCAAAUGCUCCAGGGCUAGCCUUGCUCCAGGAAUGAGAAACCUGUCUGGUGCCGCGGGUAGGAGUGCCUUGGGAGUGGUGUCCUGGGCUGUCACCAAGAUAAUGUGCAAGUACGGACCCAUUAUCAACAACAAAAAAGUCAGUUUGGGGAUGUGAGCACGAACAGGGAUGGCUUUGGCUUCGGGUUUGCCUCAGCUGCAUGCCUAAUGAGAAACUUGUUCUAAUUAACGUGGGGAAAAGCAAAUGAGGUGACUCCAGAUGCCUGAAAGAUCUGUCCGUGUGAAAGCUCGGGAGCGUGCGAUAACACAUCACUACAGUUUGUAACCCUUCAAGGAAGGGUUCCCCUCUUUUCAUUAGCCUUUGCAUCUCCCCCUGCGCCAGGAUGUGUCUGUAGCUGAUGAAAAACUCGCUGACGGAAUCAAAUCUCCAUCUGGCGUCACGGUGUAGAGCAGGGAGGAGAGGCAGCAGCCGCUGACGGUGGAAGAGCCGAUGGUUUGGGCGGGUGGUUCUCCGGGUGUGUGUCGGAGGGGAUGGCUGCAGCUGGAGCCGCGCUGCCCGGCAUGGCGCUACCCUUUGGCGCUCCGGUUCGGCUGCGUGGAUGGCAGGUGACUUCUCCCAAAAGGAGCCCUCUCCGUCAGGCACCGGGGGGGCUCUGUGGAAGUGGUGCCAGCACCGUGGGGGCUUCGCCUGGUGAGACCGCAGGAGGGCUUUCUGCAUCGCUAGCACAGCCGCCUGCUGCGUACGGGGCAGGCACCCCUGGCUGCCGUAACUUCCACCCCAUCCCCUCUGCACUCUUUCACCCGUUUCUCACAAGAAUUUUUUUUUACAUAAUCUCCGCUUUUGUUUGCUCUUUGUAGCAGUGUAACUUCUGAACCAUUACAGGCUCUUUGUUACCAUCUGUGCUAGCAAGACUGUAGAAUGUGCUAGACUAGGGGGGAACGUUUGACAAAUAAAAACCUGUAAUCCUC